AUGGCUGCAGUUUCUUCGAGCCCUCGAACUGUGGAGGAGAUCUAUAAAGAUUACAGUGCUCGUCGUGCUGGGAUCGUGCGUGCUUUGACUCACGACGUGGAUGAAUUUUACGGCCUCUGUGAUCCGGAGAAAGAGAAUCUUUGUUUGUACGGACAUCCAAAUGAAACUUGGGAAGUAAAUCUUCCGGCGGAGGAAGUUCCACCGGAGCUCCCUGAGCCAGCACUUGGGAUCAAUUUUGCCAGGGAUGGGAUGAACAGAAGGGAUUGGCUCUCACUAAUUGCUGUCCAUAGUGAUUGUUGGUUGCUCUCCGUGGCUUUUUAUCUUGGGGCAAGGUUGAACCGCAAUGAAAGGAAGCGGCUUUUCAGCAUGAUGAAUGAGCUGCCAACUGUGUUUGAAGUGGUAACAGAAAGAAAGCCUCUUAAAGACAAGCCAAACACUGAUAACGGCAGCAAAUCUCGUGGGGGCACAAAGAGGUCUAACGAUGGCCAAGUCAAAAGCUACCCAAAGCCGGCCGAGGAAAGUUACGAAGAAGAAAACGAAGAUGAACACAGUGAGACAUUGUGUGGCAGCUGUGGUGGGAAUUACAAUGCGGACGAGUUCUGGAUAGGCUGUGACAUAUGUGAGAGGUGGUAUCAUGGCAAGUGCGUGAAAAUAACGCCAGCUAAAGCCGAGAGCAUCAAACAGUAUAAGUGCCCUUCUUGCACAAAACGAGGCAGGCAGUAG